GUUGUGUGGAUGUGCAUUUAUUAAUAACUUAUACCAGCUGCUGUUACGGUGGCAGUGAAAUGUAGCCUCAUUACAAAGUUAGCAGAAGCUAACUUUCUAGCUAGCUAGCGCUAACGUUUUGUGUUCAAACCGUUUUGUUCAAAGCUUUUGAACACAAUUACGUAACACUGCAUUAAAAUCGGCUAUCGCUUUUCAGUCAAAAUAUGUAGAACAGUGUACAAGUGUGCAUGUGAAGGUAUGUUUAGAACGUUAAUGCUACUUUACAGGUUGAUUGGUAAGGGCAUCGAAACCACUGUAUAAGCUCAGCUGAUUUGGUAGUGUUGGCUAACGUUCUGUAAAGUGGUAAACGACACGUGCUUUUAAGUUGCUUUCGUUACGUGGAGACCGUUGUCCAUAACCAACAGUAUAUUUGCUCCCUACUUACACAACCGGGGCUUUGACUAGCAAAAGGAUGUCAUGUGGUGUGUUAAUUUGUUUAUAUGCUACUUGUGCUGUCUCCUGAUUUCACAAGGGAUAAGAACGUUAGCGUUACAGAUACUGACUCUUUUCAUCUGAUUACUGUCUUAUUACAGAGUACAUCACAGCAGCACCUCGAAACCCUACACCUUUCCACCACAUUCCAUGACAUAGGAUGCCAGACCGAACCACCACAAAAUGUCAGUGGGCAUACAGUCCAGUGCUCCAAAAAUGAGAACAGUCGGCACACAGCUAUCCAUGGGUACGCUGAGGGCUUCCAUGAGAAGCAAAGGCACCCAGGCAAUAGUGCCCUGUGUUAGUGUUUACACUGAGACCACUUCAAGCUCCCCAGAAUUCACCCCGAUGUCUUCAACCCCAAUAAGACCCCAAGAUUUCAGACCUCGCAAGAGACCUCGUCUUGAGUUGGAGGAGGAAGAGGGAGACACCUCAACAGAGUUGCAAGCUGAGCCACAAGACUCAACAUAUAUCCCUGGUGACUCUGUUCUAACGGACGAAUCUGCCAUGUCGUCUGAGCCAGUGUCUACUUAUAAGGAUGAUAAGUACAUUGUUUUUGAAAGUUGCCUAAGGGAGCUUUUUCAAAGCUGUCCUGUAUGCAAGAGGCAGUGUGACGUUCAGCGCCGAAAAAUGGGAACAUAUGUGUCAUUCACACAGCUCUGCCCGCACUGCAACUAUUCAAGACAGUGGCAGAGUCAGCCUGUUGUAGGAAGUACCCCCGUCGGCAACCUACACCUACAGAUAUGCAAGGCCAUGAAUCUUCAGAUUUUCCAGUAUGACACCUUCAGGAGGCAUGCUAGGAGUUUUCUGGAGCCAGCCAUAAUCCACAAAUGGAAGACGGAUCAGCAACAUCUUUUUCAAAAGUUACAGCAUGGAGGAAAGAUUGGAGUCAGUGGAGAUAUGCGAGCUGACUCCCCAGGGCACUCAGCAAAGUAUGGGAGCUACACACUGAUGCACCUAGACAGUAACCGCAUUAUUGACCUUCAGCUUGUUCAGAGCAAUGAAGUAGGUGGUAGUUACCACAUGGAGAAGGAGGGCCUUAAACGCUGCCUGGAUCUACUGGAUUCAAACGGUUUGGUGAUGGACUACAUUGUCACCGACCGUCAUCCACAGAUCCAGAAGUAUCUGAGGGAGCGCAGCAUCACCCACUUCUAUGAUGUGUGGCACUUUGAGAAAGGUUUGUCAAAGAAACUUGAAAAAGUUGCGCAAAACAAGGACUGCGGGGUGUUGAAAAAGUGGCUGCGUAGCAUCAAAAGCCAUGUCUACUGGAGUGCAACAUCGUCAACAUCAGGGCCAGAGAAGGUAGCCAAGUGGAUGUCGAUUGUCAACCACAUCCAGAACGUGCACUUGCAUGAAAACCCUCUUUUCCCUAAGUGCCAACAUCCUGAUCGAGUGUCAAGGGAUCCAAGUAAAUGGUUUCAACCAGGGUCAAUGGCGCUCUACAAAGUGGAAAAAAUCCUGGUCAAUAAGAGGGUUGUCAAAGAUGUGGAGAAGCUGAGCCACCACUACCAAACAUCAUCCCUGGAGGCUUUCCACAGUUUGAUCCUUCGCUUCACACCCAAGAAUGUGGUUUUCCCUUUCAUGGGCAUGCUUUGCAGGUUGUACCUCGCAGCCAUGCACUACAAUGAAAAUGCAGACCGCAAGCAAGCCACAACAUCUGCAGGACAACCAGUAUUCAAGGUUGUGUUUCCCAAGUCCAGGAAGGGGGAGGUGACUGCGAGGCCAGUAAAAACAGACCCUACAUACAAAUAUGUGGAAGAACUUAUGAGGCUGGUUUUCGAGGAGGUGUUUGAGGACCCAACUCCAUUUGUUGAGGUGCUGAAACUGAUCCCCAUCCCCAAGGACCUGGCAUCGGAACAUGAGAGACCCUCAAAGGAGGAAGUGGUUGCACGCCAUCUGUCCCGCUUUGCUCAAGGGACAGUCGGAACCGUACAUACUAGGGACCCGGAUCAAGAAACUGCAGGCGUAUCCGGCGUACAACGCACGACGGGAUUACCACCCUAACAGUCCUUCCCAAGUAGCCCCAGCACCAGUUCACAAAGCCAAGAUAGGCAAGGUGCCUGUAUGGACAGGAUUGGACAAUAGUGAA